AUGGCGCGGCGGGCGCUUUGGGUGGGGUCGUGGUGUAUACUGUUGGUGGUGGCGACGAUUUUGAGCUGGGUGGCCUUUUUGGACGAGCGUUGGAUCGUGUCAAAGUCGCGCUUCCCGCCCUCGCGGCAAGUGAGCGUCAUCCGCGAGUAUGAAACGCACCCCGCCUGGACGGCGGCCUUUGUGUUUUUCAUCUUUGCCAUCAUUCUUGUCCUCGUGGCCACGGUCCUGGCCAUCUGCCUCUGCAUCGAUGGCAUCUUCAAACCUCAUGCCACCCGUCACAAACGUGCCCGUGACUGGAUGCUCCGCUGGGCCAAACGUCUUGCCUGGGUUGCCACCGUGUUUGCCUCCCUUCCGCGCAAUAUAGCCUUCUUCUUGUUCCUGGCCAUGAUCAUCUUUCCCUUUGGCUUUGACAAUUCCAAAGCUUUGCCUUGUGAGUACGACAUCACCUCGGAGAAAGCCUACCACUUUUGCAAUCCCUGGAAGCCGGGCCUUUGCAUCUAUCUGAUGAUUGUCGCUCAAGUCUUCCUCAUUCUUGCCAACUGCUUUGGGGGCUGCAUCGGUCCAGAGACGAGCAAAAGCGCUGAUGUCCAGGAAUAUCGCGAAGAAAAGAAAGAAGCUUGGUACGAUGGUGGCGUUGCCGCUGGGCCCAUGGUGUCGGAAACCUCCAUUGACCGUGAAGUUCGUCGCCGGGAAUCCCGUCGCCGCUCCAAGAGUGAAAUCAAGGACAAGUCAUCGUCGCGCCGCAACACACACUCAGCCAUGACCAACGGCGCAUAUCAGGAACAAUCGGGUGCUGCCGCCAAUGGCCGUAGCAGCAACCUUGCCAUGAUAAAUGACGGCUAUCUGGAAGACGUUGUGGAAGCGGAUGGCCGUCCCGCCGUCCUCCUUAACAACGCCAGCUACGAGGAACAUCCCCUCGAGCAUGCUGACGGGUACCUGGACGUCGAGCAACCUCAGGGCAAGGCCCCUCCGGCUGGUGGCGUUACUCACAACGAUGGCUACCUCGACGUUGAUCAGCCCCAGGACAAGUCCCAUCCUGCUGGCGUUGCUCACAACGACGGCUAUCUUGAUGUCACGGAGCCCCAAGCAGCAGCCCACACCGACGGCUACCUUGAUGUCACGCAACCCGAAUCCAACACGGCACGCCUGGCCAAGACACCAGCCUUUGCUCCCGAGCGCCAGGCACCACCACCACCACCACCCGCGGCCGUGGAACACACUGACGGUUAUCUUGACUUUGAUGAAGAGCCCAUUCCCUCAGAGGCCACCCCGUUGUCACACGCGGGUGCUGCCGCCUCUCUAGCCGCACCGGCUCCCUCAAAAUCGCCCGUUGUGCAUGAAACGGGCUAUCUCGAUCUCGACGGUGAACCCGCCGAGACCCCUGCGCCCGUCAACCAGGAUAAUGCCGAUGACGCCUAUCUCGAAAUGGCAGAGUCGCAGAUGCCGGGCACCGAAGAGCAACGCGGCCUGGUCAGCGGAAAGUCCACUUUUAGCCGUGGUGCCGAGGAAAUUGCCGAGGCAGAGGCCCGAAUUGAUGAAAUCUUGGGCCGCGCUCGUGCGGAAAGCGCCCGUGCCGCCGCCGAAGAAGAGGCCACCAACGACGGCUACCUUGACGUUGGCGAGGAUGGUCCUGAAGCCUGGGCCCCACCCGUGGCUAUGGAUGACGAGGACGUUCAGCCCCUCCAGGAACCAACCAGCCCCGCCCCGCCCCCAGCCCCGGUAACGGAAGCCGCCAUCUCCAUGACGACCGAAGAACAGCGCCGCAAUAACCUGGUCGCGACAGAAGACAUUUUUGGCGACAUUUUCGGCGGCAGCGACGAACCCAUGCCGACCAACGAAGAACAACAGCUCCAGUCCCUAGAAGACUACGCUGAUGCCGGCGCCGAUGACUACGAGAUGGGAGCUCGUGCCGCAACCAGCUUCUUUGAGCAAGGUCCCGCGCCCGAGGUCGCCGCCGCCGACGAAGGCGGCGCCGAUGGCUAUCUCGAGUUCAUCGAGGAUGAUGACGAUGAUGCCGACAACGCGGCGGGCGACGCCACCCUCAUGAACAUGUUUUAA